CGGAUGUUGCACUGUUGAUUAGCAUUAGUUGAUGCAGAGCACUUAACUUAUCCCAAGGAGGAAGCUGUAAUAUUUUGACAGGUUACAGCCAAGAUAAACCACAUGCGAGGAUGAGCGUGCCGGACUACAUGCAGUGCGCCGAGGACCACCAGACGGUCCUGGUGGUGGUCCAGCCGGUCGGCAUUGUACCCGAGGAACAGUUCUUCAAGAUCUACAAGCGAAUCGCCAGCGUCAGCCAGGUGAGCACCAGGGACUCGCAGCGCCUCCUCUACAUCCGCUACCGCCACCACUACCUCCCCGAAAACAACGACUGGGGAGACUUCCAGACGCACCGCAAGGUGGUGGGCCUCAUCUCCAUCACCACCUGCGCCUCGGCCAAAGAGUGGCCCCAGACCGCGGAGCGCUUCCACGGCCAGAAGGAGGUCUACAGCUCCACGCUGUACGAUUCCCGCCUGCUGGUGUUCGGGCUGCGGGGGGACGUCGCGGAGCAGCAGCGGACCGACGUGGCCUUCUACCCCGACUUUGAGGACUGCCCCGACGUGGAGAAGCGCGUGGAUGACUUUGUGGAGUCCAUUUUCAUCGUUCUGGAGUCCAAGCGGCUCGACAGGGCCACCGACAAGUCCGGCGACAAGAUCCCACUGCUGUGUGUGCCCUUUGAGAAGAAGGACUUUGUGGGUUUGGACACGGAUAGCAGGCAUUAUAAAAAGCGUUGCCAGGGGCGGAUGAGGAAGCACGUCGGGGACUUGUGUCUCCAGGCGGGCAUGCUGCAGGACGCCCUGGUCCACUAUCACAUGGCUGUGGAGCUGCUCAGGGGUGUGAAUGACUUCCUCUGGCUCGGCGCUGCUCUGGAGGGCCUGUGCUCGGCCUCCGUUAUCUUCCACUACCCCGGGGGCACCGCGGGGAGGGCGGCGAGACGGAAGCCCAGCGUCUCGCAGCCGGCCGACGCAGGCAAGCGCCACAGACCAGGAGCUCAGGAGGUUCUCAUUGACCCAGGGGCCCUCACAGCCAGCGGCAUCAGUGCGGACACCAGCACUGAGAUCGGAAGAGCCAAGAACUGCCUGAGCCCCGAGGACAUCAUCGAGAAAUACAAAGAGGCCAUCUCCUACUAUGGGAAGUACAAGAACGCAGGCGUGAUCGAGCUGGAGGCCUGUGUGAAGGCGGUCCGGGUGCUGGCCAUUCAGAAGAGGGCGAGGGAGGCCUCUGAGUUCCUGCAGAACGCCGUCUACAUCAACCUGGGACAGCUCUCUGAAGAGGAGAAGAUCCAACGCUACAGCAUCCUGUCCGAGCUCUACCAGCUCAUCGGCUUUCAUCGCAAGUCGGCCUUUUUCAAGCGCGUGGCGGCCAUGCAGUGCGUGGCCCCCACCAUCCCGGAGCCCGGCUGGAGGGCCUGCUACAAGCUGCUGCUGGAGACGUUGCCUGGAUACAGCCUGUCACUCGACCCCAAGGACUUCAGCAAAGGUACCCACCGCGGCUGGGCCGCUGUUCAGAUGCGCCUCCUGCAUGAGCUGGUGUACGCGUCCCGUCGCAUGGGCAACCCCGGCCUGUCCGUGCGCCACCUGUCCUUCCUGCUGCAGACCAUGCUGGACUUCCUGUCUGAUCAAGAGAAGAAAGAGGUGACCCAGAGUCUGGAGAACUACACGUCCAAGUGUCCGGGUGGAAUGGAGGUCAUCACGCUUCCUGAUGGCCUGAAGCUCCCCCCGGUGCCCUUCACCAAGCUCCCCAUCGUUCGAUCGGUGAAGCUCCUGAAUCUGCCCGUCAGCCUGCGUCCUCACAAAGUGAAAGGCCUGCCGGGACAGAACAUGUCCACCGCCAGCCCCUUCAUCUACUCGCCCAUCAUCAUGCACAACAGAGGAGAGGAGCGCUGUAAGAAGAUCGAGUUCCAGUGGGUUCAGGGAGACGUCUGUGAGGUGCAGCUCAUGGUCUACAACCCCAUGCCUUACGAGCUCCGCGUGGAGAACAUGGGCCUGCUGACAUCCGGCGUGGAGUUCGAAUCCCUGCCCGCCGCGCUGUCCCUGCCCGCCGAGUCGGGCCUGUACCCGGUCACGCUGGUCGGCGUCCCGCGCACAGCCGGCAACAUCACGGUCAACGGGUACCACACGGCGGUGUUUGGGGUGACCAGCGACUGCCUGCUGGAGGGCCUGCCCAGUGUGAAGACCAGCGGCUCUUUGGUGGAGGUCAUUCCCUCCCUGCCUCGUCUCCAGCUCAGCACGUCGCUGCCCCGGUCAGCCCACGCGUCUCAGCCCACGUCCAGAGAGGAGCUGUCCAGCACGGUGUCCCUGCAGCUUUUUAACGGAGAGACCCAGCAGCUGACCAUUACCCUGGAGAACAUCGGAUCGGAGGACAUCGAGACUCUGGAGCUCACGUCCAAGAUCCUCAGCACCAAAGAGAAGGUGUUUGGGGAGUUUCUGAGCUGGGAGCUGGAGGAGGCUUCGUCCCGCCUGCCUCUGAAGUCGGGCCAGGCCGUGACCCUCACCGUGCACAUCAAAGUGGAGCUGGACUUCUCCGGUCAGGAGAGCCUGCUGCAGGACCUCAAUGAUGAUGGGAUCAGCGUGACGGGCCUCCCCAUCUCCAGCCCGCUGCGACAGCUCCUCAAACCCAGGUCGGAGAGCCGGGCCGCCGGCAGCGAGUCCGGCAGGGCCGAGUACAGCCACGUCAAGACUUUGGAAGCGUUCCUGAACUUCAAGUACUCGGGGGGAGCGGGCAGAGUGGAGGGCUACCACAGGGAGCUGUCCCUGGGGGUCCACGUGGACGUGGAGCCGUCGGUUUUCUUCACCCGAGUCAACACCCUCCCUGCAACCAGCACCCGCCAGUGUCAUCUGCUGCUCGACAUCUUCAACCCGACGGAGCACGAGCUCACCGUCAGCGCCGACAACAACCAGGACCUGGUUCUCCAUGCCAGCGAGUGCCAGAGGAUGGCCAUCCAGGUGGACAAGUUUGACUUUGAGAGUCUGCCGCAGCCGGACCAGGAGGCGGCUCGCUUCACCAGCCCCAAGCAGCAGGAGGAGGAGCGCCAGCACGCCCAGGGCUCCCAGAUCAACAGCAAGCUGGGCAUCUGCUGGACCAUCCCGUCCCUGCGGCGCCGCGGAGAGGCCAGCGUGGAGGGAGUCCUCAACCAGCUGGUCCUGGAGCACCUACAGCUCGCUCCUUUGCAGUGGGAUGUGUUGGUGAAUGGGAGGCCGUGCGACUGCGACGUCAUCGCCGACUGCAGAGCGGGCGACCCCGUGACCCUGGAGGUGCGGCUGACCAAUCGGAGCAAGAACGCCGUGGGACCCCUGGCUCUGACCGUGGUGCCGUUCCAGGACUUCCAGAACGGAGUCCAGAACUACGACCUGGGGGACGCGGUCUCCUUCAUCGGCUCCAACACCUUCUACAUCGACACGGUGAAACCCAGAGAGAGCUCCGUCUGCGUGGGAGCGCUGCUCUUCCUCUACACCGGAGACUUCUACCUCAACAUCAAGUUCCAGGACGACAGCGCCGGACGAGAGCUUCCCCUGGCCUGGUUCACUCUGCCCAGUGUCCACAUCCGGGCCCUGGACGCUCCGCUGCAGGCCGGGGCCUAAGGGCCAGGGACCAAGGGCCAGAUACCUCUGGGUCUAUGGGCCUAUGGGCCUGGGGUCUAUGGGUCUAAGGGCCAGGGACCUCUGGGUCUAUGGUCCUAAGGGCCUAAGGACCUCUCUGCUUAAGGUCCUAAGGGUGUCAGGGUCUAAGGGUCUUAGAUCUUGAGGUCCUAAGGGCUUAAUUAAGGGUAAGGUGGCCUCGUCAUUUUAGCCUGUGAGAAUUAAAGGAUUUUUUUUUUUUUACGUUCUUCUCUGUAAAUACAAUAUUUUUGUGAAUUAAAUCCCAUGUAAAUAUCACUUUGUUAAAGGCUAAACUGUGUGCACAGUUGAGGGAAAGUGCACAAACCCCCUCACACUGCUGCCCACCUCAGUGAGUGGUUUCUAGCUAAUGAUCCGUGGAGUCGGCUGUGAUUUCUGUGAUUAGAAACCAGCCGCUUCUUUCUUUCUAAAUGAUUUAACCUCAGUGGGAACGAUGCAACCAGUUGAGUCCAAAAUGGAAUCCGCCGUGUUAUUGAUUGUGUUGCGGCGUGAACUGGUCCACGGUGUCCCAACCAGAGCAGCAGGCCGGGUCACACGGCCAGUCUGAGGCGGGAAAAGAUGCUACGGCUGCUUUCAUGCUAGCUAGCUAGCUAGCUCCUCAACUGCUAGUCAUCUAUAUGCUAACUAGCUAGCCGAGCAAGGAAACGUGAUGCAAGCAGUUGCUUUCUUCCCAACUCUUUGGGAAGCUUCUACAAAAGUUUGCUUCCUUUCUGCAUCCCAGCGUUGACGUGAUUCUUAGCCGCUGCAGUUUGUUCUAUUGAUUAUUUUUGUUUCCAUGAAAUUGAAAUGAUAAAAUAUCUACUGAAAGAUAGUCAGUUAUAUGGUAGAAAUAGUGAGCAUUGAAGCUAGUUAAGUACACAUGAGAUUUAUUUAUAUCUACUGCUGUAGGGAUCAUUUCACUGAACUGAAUAGUUGAGCCUACUAUUAAAUGUCACAUAUGAUGAUUGUAAAUAUAUGUUUAAAGAAGCCA